UUAUUCUGGGACACUCCCAUUGUCAGAGCAAAUAACCGGAAUCUCAGCUUCAUCCUCCUGGUCUCUCUCAUGCUGAGCUUCCUCUGUGUGUUUCUGUUCCUCGGUCGUCCUGUGGAUAUAACCUGCAAGCUGCGUCAAACCUCUUUUGGGAUCAUCUUUUCAGCAUCUGUAUCUUCUGUAUUGGGCAAAACUAUCAUGGUUUAUAUGGCUUUCAAAGCUACUAAACCAGGCAGCAUGUGGGUUGGGGUCAAAGUGUCUAAUACCAUAGUUCUGAUCUGCUCAUCUAUCCAGAUCCUGAUUAAUGUUCUUUGGUUGUGCAUUUCUCCUCCUUUUCAAGAACUGGACAUGCACUAUUACCCUGGAAAGAUCAUCAUUCAGUGUAAUGAAGGCUCAGUUAUUGCGUUCUACUCUGUUCUGGGUUAUAUGGGGGUUCUGGCAGCUGUUAGUUUUAUUAUUGCUUAUUUUGCCAGGACAUUACCAGACAGUUUUAAUGAGGCCAAGUACAUCACCUUCAGCAUGCUGCUGUUCUGUAGUGUGUGGAUUGCAAUGAUCCCGGCCUAUCUGAGCACAAAAGGGAAAGACAUGGUGUCUGUAGAGAUCUUUGCCAUAUUAACUUCUAGUGCUGGCUUGUUAGGCUGUAUAUUUUUUCCUAAAAUUUACAUAAUGCUUAUAAAACCUGAAAUGAAUACCAAAAGACAUCUUCUGGACAAAAUAAAGUCAUAA